AUGACUUUCACGAAUAGAUGUCCGACGGACAUUACACUGUACACUCGUCUUGCUAGUGUCUAUACGGACAAUAGUGAGGUCAUUGCCUCAGGGGCCUCAAUUACCAAGAUGAUUGGAAAAGGCUAUGAAGGUCACUUUCGUAACGGCACGGACGACGCUGCUACACUCGUUGAGGUUUCUACCGUGGGUGAAAUGGACAUUAUUUGGUACGACAUUGGCAUUAUUCCAUCCCAAUUGAAACCUGAUUUUAAAUUUUGUAAAAGUCAUGAAGAGUGUAAGCAAAACUCUGAAAGUGGCAAGGGCUUCAACACUCCCGUCAAGAUUACGCCUAAAUUGAACACAAACGGCAAAAAUUGCCGUGAGCUAUUGUGUUUGGCCGAUGGCUGCGAAGACGCCUACAACUUUCCGCAGGAUGACACCAAGACGCACUCCAGCAAGAGCAGACGGCGGGUUCGUUGUCGACCACCACCCCCCGAGGCCAAGGUGAUGUCAGUCGACGCCCUGAAUUCUCCUGUUCAACAAACGGAGGUUGCCUCGGAUAGUAGUGAUAAGAUCAAGGACGAAGUCAAAAGUGAGACCACAGCAGCACAGCCAUUCGGUGCUAAGACUUCCGAAAAGGAGGUGACUGGUGCUGAGACUCUCGAAAAGGAGGUGACUGGUGCUGAGACUCCCAAAAAGGAGGUGACCCCAGCUGUUGCUACUGAUUCCAAGUAUUGCGUGUAA